AUGAUACAGGGCUUGGUGACUUUCAGGGAUGUGGCCAUCGACUUCUCUCAGGAGGAGUGGGAGUGCCUGGACCCUGCUCAGAGGGACUUGUACGUGGAUGUGAUGUUGGAGAACUAUAGUAACUUGGUCUCAUUGGCAGACACUCCCAUUUCUCAGUUGGAUGUGACAUUAUGGGAGCAAGGACAAGAGUCCUGGAUGGUUGUGAGGGGAGGGCCAAGAAGUUGGAAUUCAGAUUUGGAGUCAACAUAUGAGACCAAAAAUACAAUUUCAGAAAAAGACAUUUUUGAAAUAAAUUUUUCCCAAUGGCAGAUGAAGGAAAGAAGUAAAACUCUUGGCCUUGAGGCAUCCAUUUUCGAAAAUAAUUCUAAGUGCAGAAGCAAAUUUGAGGGACCACAGGGACAUCAAGAGGGAUACUUUAGUCAAAUGAUAAUUAGCUAUGGAAAAAUGCCCACUUAUAGAAAAAGUAAAUCUUUUAGUGCACAUCAAAGAAUUCAUAAUAGAGAGAAACGCUAUGUUUGUAAGGAAUGUGGGAAGGCGUGUAGUCAUGGCUCAAAACUUGUUCAACAUGAGCGAACUCAUACAGCUGAAAAACACUUUGAAUGUAAAGAAUGUGGGAAGGACUUUUUUAGUGCCUAUCAACUCACUGUGCAUCAGAGAUUUCAUACUGGUGAGAAACCCUACGGAUGUAAGGAAUGUGGGAAGACCUUUAGUUGGGGAUCUAGUCUUGUUAAACAUGAAAGAAUCCAUACUGGUGAGAAACCCUAUGAAUGUAAAGAAUGUGGCAAGGCCUUCAGUCGUGGCUAUCACCUCACUCAACAUCAGAAAAUUCAUAUUGGUGUGAAAUCUUACGAAUGUAAGGAAUGUGGGAAGGCCUUUUUUUGGGGCUCAAGCCUUGCUAAACAUGAGAUAAUUCAUACAGGUGAGAAACCUUAUAAAUGUAAAGAAUGUGGGAAGGCCUUCAGUCGUGGCUAUCAACUUACUCAACAUCAAAAAAUCCAUACUGGCAAGAAGCCUUAUGAAUGUAAAGUAUGUGGAAAGGCUUUUUGUUGGGGUUAUCAGCUUACUCGACAUCAGAUAUUUCAUACUGGCAAGAAACCCUAUGAAUGUAAGGAAUGUGGGAAGACCUUUAAUUGUGGCUCAAGUCUUGUUCAACAUGAGAGAAUCCAUACUGGUGAGAAACCCUAUGAAUGUAAAGAAUGUGGGAAGGCCUUCAGUCGUGGCUAUCACCUCACUCAACAUCAGAAAAUCCAUACUGGUGAGAAACCUUUUAAAUGUAAGGAAUGUGGGAAGGCCUUUAGUUGGGGUUCAAGCCUUGUUAAACAUGAGAGAGUCCAUACUGGUGAGAAAUCCUAUGAAUGUAAAGAAUGUGGGAAGGCCUUUGGUAGUGGCUAUCAACUUACUCGACAUCAGAUAUUUCAUACUGGCGAGAAACCCUAUGAAUGUAAACAAUGUGGGAAGGCCUUUAAUUGUGGCUCAAGUCUUGUUCAACAUGAGAAACCCUAUGAAUGUAAAGAAUGUGGGAAGGCCUUCAGUCGUGGCUAUCACCUCACUCAACAUCAGAAAAUCCAUACUGGUGAGAAACCUUUUAAAUGUAAGGAAUGUGGGAAGGCCUUUAGUUGGGGUUCAAGCCUUGUUAAACAUGAGAGAAUCCAUACUGGUGGGAAAUCCUAUGAAUGUAAAGAAUGUGGGAAGGCCUUUGGUAGUGGCUAUCAACUUAGUGUUCAUCAGAGAUUUCAUACUGGUGAGAACCCUUAUCAGUGUACGGAAUUUGGGAAGACCUUUGUUUAUGACUCAAACCUUGUUCAACAUGAGAGAACUCCUAGUAAUGAUAAGCCUUAUGAAUAUAAAGGUUGUGGGGAAGCCUUUAUAUGGACAACUUAUUCAAAUGAGACAGUUGAUACUGGUGAAACUUUAUGA